CUACUGUGUUGCCUCUGCCAGGCCCGAACGGCCAUCGUCCCAUCACUGGAGCCGUACACGCGCCAGCCCAAUCGAACCGUCGGCCCUCGAAACGUCGACCCCCACGAGCUCACCACCAUACGCGCUGCCCAGGGCUGUUAACCAAUGGUCUGAAGCCGUCCGCCUCUUACACUUUCUGGCGAGAUUCCGACUAGCCCAAGCCUCUAGUUUGAAGAAGGGCACGGGGAAGAGGUGUGGGUCUGGGCUCGUGGUCUUCCUCGUCUCAGAUGCGAGCUCAAUGGCGGGGAUGGGGAUCUACGUACGUUGUGGGGGCUUUGGGGAACAGCUGGGUUUGAUCUCUCUCUCCCACUUACACUCACGACUGAUGAGGAAGCUAUUGACGAUCUAAUGGAACUUGUACAACAAAUUGUUGCUUUUCACAUGAAACAUAAUGCUGAACCUGAAGCUGUUGACCUCUUACUAGAGGUUGAAGACCUUGAUCUGAUAAUCGAACAUGUUGACAAGACAAAUUUUAAAAGAACUUGUCUUUACCUCACCAGUUUAGCACGAUACGUACCUGGCCCAGAUGACAUGUUGGUUUUGGAUAUUGCAUACACUAUAUACCAAAAGUAUCAAGAAUAUACAAACGCACUUCAAGUUGCUCUUUUCCUUGAUAAUUUGCAGUAUGUAAGGCAGCUAUUUGAGACUUGUCCUGAUCUUCAGCGAAAAAAGCAAUUCUGUUACAUCCUUGCUCGGCAGGGUGUCCCUUUUGUGCUUGAUGAGGAGAUGGUUCCAGAGGAUGAGGAACGAGAGGCACUGCAGGAUAUCAUCAACAAUGCUAAGUUAAAUGAAGGUUAUCUAAAUCUUGCUCGAGAUAUAGAGGUCAUGGAAGCGAAAACCGCUGAGGAUAUUUACAAGGGUCUCUGCAUCAUAUCGACAAAGACCUUCUCGGGUGGUGGUUGUGUGAGCGGCAAGUCAAAUCUGGAGGUCUUAAUGGGCGCCUAGAGACAGUUCCAGAUGUCUGCUAUUCAUGGUGGGUCCUUUCUAGCCUGAUUAUGAUUGACAGAGUACAUUGGAUUAACAAGGAAAAACUUGUGAAGUUCAUCUUAGACUGCCAGAAAAUGGAGGAAUUUCAGAUAAACCAGAUGAUGCAGUUGAUGUCUACCACACAUACUUUGGUGUAGCUGGACUUUCACUUCUUGAAUAUCCAGGAUUGAAAGCCAUAGAUCCAGCCUAUGCUUUGCCGGUUGAUGUUGUAAAUAGAAUUUUCUUGGGCAAAUAAUGAUCCUGAAGAACAACUUAUGAUUCUAAUUAUAACUGAACUCAUUGUUUUCUCUUUUAUAGGAAAUAAAGAAAAUAAUAUAUCUUUAUAUUGAAGUAGAAAUAUAUUGUUAAAGGGAUAAUGCUUUGGACAUUGUUUUGAAUCAAAUGCAGUCUCGUGAUCGUGAUCAUUUGAAUAUGCCAGCUGAUGAAAGAGAAAAGAGACACCAGCAUAAUUUCAUGCAUGUAACAACUCAUACAUCUCAAGAAUGGGCUGCAACCUUUGUUAGUGAACUUAAUGAUACUAUUGUGGAAGCUCAACUGAGGACUAGGCAAGUUCCACCUCUACUUCCUAUGAAAGAAGCCGUUGAUCACUAUUUGGAAUCCAAUAAUAGAUGAUUCUUAGUUUAUUUACAUUAAUUUACUAAGGAAUGGAAUGAACUUUAUGAAGUUUUUUUUAUUUUGGUAGGGGUAACUUUAAAAUGAUAACUUUAUGACUUAUUUUAGUAUUGAACAUUAUACAGAAUUUUAGCAUUAAACAUUUUAUUA